AGCAAUGUUUACUGGAGGCAUGAGGGAGUCAAACCAGGAUAUCAUUGAGUUGAAGGGCUUAUCAGCCCGAGGGCUGAAACACAUCAUUGACUUUGCUUACAGCGCAGAAGUCACUUUAGACCUGGACUGCAUUCAGGAUGUCCUUGGGGCAGCGGUCUUUCUGCAGAUGGUCCCUGUUGUAGAGCUCUGUGAGGAGUUCCUCAAGUCAGCAAUGAGUGUGGAGACCUGCCUGAACAUUGGUCAGAUGGCCACCACUUUUAACCUUUCUUCCCUCAAGAAGUCAGUGGAUGCCUUUACCUUCCGUCACUUUCUCCAAAUCGCUGAUGAGGAAGACUUUUUGCACAUCUCCAUGGAGCGUCUGGUCUUCUUUCUGCAGAGCAACAAACUCAGAAACUGCAGUGAGAUCGAUCUCUUUCACGCCACAAUCAAGUGGCUACAGCAUGAUGAGUCCCGCCGGGCUGAAGCCAACAGAGUGCUGUGCUAUGUGCGAUUUCCACUCAUGCGCUCAUCAGAACUGGUGGACAGUGUUCAGGUAGUUGACAUCAUGGUGGAAGAUGUUCUGUGUCGGCAGUAUCUCCUGGAAGCCUUUAAUUACCAGAUCCUCCCAUUCCGACAGCAUGAGAUGCAAUCCUCUCGGACGGUCAUCCGCUCAGAUGUCACGUCGCUCAUCACCUUUGGCGGGACGCCCUACACUGACAACGACCGCACAGUGAGCACUAAAGUAUACUAUCUCCCUGACAUUGCCUCUCGCCAGUUCAAGGAGCUGACUGAGAUGGAGAUGGGUUGCAGCCAUGCUUGUGUCGCUGUGCUUGAUAACUUUGUCUAUGUUGUUGGCGGACAGCACUUACAGUACCGAAGUGGUGAGGGUGCAGUGGACAGCUGUUUUCGCUAUGACCCGCACCUGAGCCAGUGGCUUCGCAUCCAACCCAUGCAGGAGGGCCGUAUCCAGUUUCAGCUCAAUGUUAUCAAUGGACAGCUGUAUGCCACCGGAGGGCGCAACCGAUCAGGCAGCCUAUCAUCUGUGGAGUGCUACUGCCCAAAGAAGAACGAGUGGACUUAUGUGGAAUCAUUGAAACGUAGAAUCUGGGGUCAUGCUGGGACUCCCUGUGGAGGCAAACUUUACAUCUCAGGGGGUUAUGGUGUCUCACUGGAUGACAAGAAAACUCUUCACUGCUAUGACCCUGUGUCAGACCAGUGGGACUUCAGAGCUCCCAUGAAUGAACCCAGAGUGCUCCAUGCCAUGAUCACUACCAACAAACGGAUUUAUGCACUAGGCGGUCGCAUGGACCAUGUUGACCGCUGCUUUGACAUGUUGGCAGCGGAGUAUUAUGUUCCCGAGAAUGAUCAGUGGACCAGUGUUAGUCCUAUGAGAGCAGGGCAGUCUGAGGCUGGUUGCUGCUUAUUGGACAAAAAGAUCUACAUUGUUGGGGGCUACAACUGGCGCCUGAACAAUGUUACAAGCAUUGUGCAGGUGUACAACACUGAGACAGAUGAGUGGGAGAGGGAUUUGCACUUCCCUGAGUCCUUUGCUGGUAUUGCAUGUACACCAAUUAUACUUCCACAAGCUACUACACAGCGCUAACAUUUGACUCGGCGACUGUGAUGAUUAGGUUCUGUGUGUUCUUGUGGCUAACUACUGAGCGACUACAAGUGGUGAACAUUACAUAAGCUACUGUAGUCUUGGUUUUUAUGUACCUACAAGCAAGAGAUCAAGGUUACUUUACGUAAGAUUAUUUCCCUGUCCUUCCUAUGGUUGAGGUAUAUAUUAUGAGUGCUAUAGCAGCAUAAUGUUUGAGCCAUUUUCAAAAUUUGUUGAAAACCUGUGCUACUUUGAGUUUGAAAGUGAUGAUUAAUGUGAAUUAAUUUUAAUCUGAAGACAAAUUUAUGGUUUGGACAAAUUGCCAAUAUUUUACCAGUUUCUUGACAAAAGAUGGUGGUUUCCAUUUGGAUGAGUACUACGAAUGACAGAGUAUGGUCUUCAUGGUGAAACAUAAUCUGAACAUUUCUACCAUGUGCAAGUAAAGUGAAAAGUUGUUCCAAAUCACUGUAUCCAUUUAGGGAGAAACAUUACAAAAACAUUACAUUGAGUUUACCAUUUGAUUUCUCUAAAUUACUUGAUUAUCCAGUGCCAUAAAUAUUUAGAUGUUUCAACCAGAGACUUCAACUACGUAAUGUUCAAAAAGUACUCUUGUUUAAUUUUGACACUAUUACUUUGAAUGGAGCUAUUUCAAGUGAUGGAAUUAUUUAACAUUGUAAU